ACUUUUACUUAAGUAAAAAAAUCUGAAUAUUUCCUCCACUCAGAUUAACAGAACUUUAAUUGGAUUGUGAACCAAAAACUAGGAAAUAAGCAGAUAAAAACAGCUCCACUUGAAGAGUUAAUAGCCUACAGGGACUCUUUUACUUCCAUAGAAAUAACUUUUUUCCCAAUGGAUUCAUUCCUGUGACAUAAGAGGCACCUAAUGUGCUCUGUAACUCUCCAGCUAUAGGAUUUCUCUCUGGGGGGGAGUCAGACUGGUGAGCACAUUCUCCCUCUUUUAGGUGGGAGGAGCGUGGUGCACUGGGACUAUGCACGAUGCAGCAGUCCCGUCAAAACGUCCAGGUCCUCCUCCAGCAGCCGGACCGCUGGUGCACCUGUGUCACUUUCAACAGCUCGACGCUUGGAUUUUUAUUUUAUUUUUUUUUUUAAAGAAGUCAAAUCAAAUAUGAGCCAACUCACCUGGAAUCGAGGCGCCGGGGCGACAUAGACGCAUAUGGUUCAGGACAAAGAGAGGGGUCUUUUAACGAAUUACGAUGCAUUUCACAGCGGUGGUCUUAAUUGUGGUCGUGACAGGCAUCGCCAAAGGUUGGGAAUGCAGCGCAAGGUGCAAUACAGAAAAUGGGUUUUGUGAGAAGCCAGGGAAGUGCAGGUGCAAACCCGGGUGGCAAGGAGAGAACUGUGACCAGUGCGUGCCCUUCCCCGGCUGCCUGCACGGCACAUGUGAGAAGGCAUGGCAGUGUGUCUGCGAGGAGGGCUGGGUGGGCAGCCUGUGCGACCAAGAUACUCGCCUGUGCUCAUCCACGACUUGCGCUGGCAAUGCCACCUGCAUAGAGACAGGAGAGGGGGGAUACCUGUGCAUCUGUCCGCAUGGCUACAUGGGUGAAAACUGCCACCUGAAGAGAGGACUUUGUCUCACAAAUGGCUCUCCAUGUCAGAAUGGAGGCACAUGUACAGAUGCUGAUGGCCCAGCAGCCUACUCUUCCUGUUUAUGUCCCUCUGGAUUUUCUGGAGACUUCUGUGAGAUCAGCGUUGACAGCUGCCAGCCUAACCCCUGCCUCAACGGUGGCAACUGUACAAAUCACGGCCUAGCCUUCACAUGCGUCUGUCCACACGGCUUCACUGGUUUCACCUGCAAUGACACCACCACUCUCUUGCCCUGCGCCGGCAGGCCCUGCGCCAACAGGGGCACAUGUGUUGGUCAACCUGAUGGAACCUUCCGGUGCAUUUGCCAGAAAUGGUUUACGGGUCCCACAUGUUCUUUGCCUCACAGGCCGAAGGCCAGGUCCAAGCUGGUCGGCUCCAGGCCCGUGGACCACAGAGUUUUUGCACUUACUCCACAGCACUACUCCCUCCCUGCUCACACCUUCCACAAGCUUCUCAGACCUCGUGAGAGAGACCUGCUAAAAAUCACCCUGAAGGAGACGGUCCACUCCCCUGGUGUCCUCGUCACCCGCGGUCAGCUCGUCUGCUUUGGCAUGCUGGCCCUGCUCACCUGCCUGGUCAUCCUGGGCACUACAGGCAUUGUGUUUUUUGGCCGCUGUGAGACGUGGCUGGCUAAUGCCAAGUACAGCCAGCUUGUUCGGCAGCAAAGGGAGCACCUGCUGAAAGAGGCUGGCAGCGCGAGCCAGGAAGAGCAGGAGCACUCAGUUAACAUCAUCCUGCCGGAAAAGAUUAGACUCACCAGCUUUGGGAGACACUACACCUCCAUCUGAUGAAAUCAUCUCUUCCUCUUCCCCUCUCCCUCUGGAAGGAGUUUAAUAUGAGUGUCUUAAAAUAUCAUGAAACAAAUACUAUGACUGUUGUGCAGUUGUGUUACUAUGGCGAGAUAUACUUUACUACACUGGAAUGUAUCUGAAUGUACAGUCUACUCGAGUAGGUGGACAUCCAUGAUGCCGGAUUGUAAAUGUAUUUUUAAUUAUACUGUUGAUAUACUACCCUUGAUGGCUGAUAAAAAAAAAAGAAGAUGUCAUUGUGUUGUAUUUCUUAAGGCCAUUUUUGACUUCUUCAAGUUGAUCUGUAAUACAAUAAAGGGGAUUAAAAUUACAAAUAGAGAAAAAAAAUUGCCAGUAACAGAGCAGAUACAACCCAGAUCAAUGUCCUUUCGGUGUUUGCAAUUAGAGUGUGUGCACCACUGAUUUUUAAAUUCACAAAUUGUGCUCAGACUGCCUCGAGCUGCAACAAUUAAUCAAUUAGUCAACUGACAGGAAAGUAAUCCCCAACCAUAUUGAAAAUUUAAAAUGUUCAGCUUCUCACAUGUGAGGUUUUGAUGCCUUUCUCCGUGUGUGAUACUUAACUAAAGAUCUUUUUUGGCCUGUUGGUUGAAUAAAACAAGCUACAAAAUAUGUUACCAGGACAUUUUUUUUUUUAAGACAAACAAUAAUCAGUUCAGAAAAUAAUGAGCAGAUCAAUGAACACCUAACAUCUCCAUACAGCACACUGUGAAUUUGCCAUUUGUUAAUAAAUGCAUACAAAUACA